GCGGACCAUAGAGGAGAGGUCUGGUCACGCCCUCCGACCCUUCAAUUACGUGCCAUAAGCCCAUAAAACACGCCGAUUCACACGCUCGAGCCGGAAAAUUGCCCUUGCAUGACGGUUCCCCCACGUGCGACGACUGCCGGCGAAGCCUACUGGCGCGUUGUCUUAAACCUGUGCCCGCUCUCUCUCUCUCUCUCUCCCCACUCCGCAUCUCCUCUUUUUCUUUGGAACUAGUCUCUCUCUCUCUCUCUCUCUCUCUCUCUCUCUCUCUCUCUCUCUCUGCAUUCCCGUCAACCAGUAUUGCUCCGUCGCUGCUUUGAGGUUUCCGGCAACUCCAGAUCCCCUGUUUCAUCUCUCGAAGGCAGUCGCCAUGUCGAUAAAAACUGUUAAAGUCAGCAACGUUUCCUUGGGGGCAUCUGAGCAGGACAUUAAGGAGUUCUUUUCUUUUUCUGGGGACAUUGAAUGUGUUGAAAUGAAGAGUGAGAGUGAGCGAUCUCAAAUUGCUUAUGUUACAUUCAAGGAUUCACAAGGAGCAGAGACUGCAGUCCUCCUUUCGGGGGCAACAAUUGUCGAUAUGUCUGUCUCAAUAGCUCUUGUUCCAGAUUACCAGCUGCCACCUGUUCCUUCAGCACCAUCCCCAGUGCAGGCAAAGGAAGCUAAAACUUCUGGUGGUGCUGAAUCUGCUUUUCAAAAGGCAGAGGAAGUUGUCAGCAGUGUGCUUGCCAAGGGAUUAAUCUUAGGCAAAGGUGCAGUCAACAAAGCAAAAAGCUUUGACGAGAAGCACCAGUUGACUUCAACAGCCUCCGCUAAAGUGAAUUCUUUUGACAAAAAAAUUAAGUUCACUGAGAAAGUAAGUGUCGGAACUUCCAUUGUAAAUGACAAAGUACGAGAAGUGGAUAAGAAAUUUCAGGUCUCAGAGAAAACAAAAUCAGCAUUCACAACUGCAGAGCAGAAGGUUAGUAGUACUGGGUCUGCCAUUAUGAAGAAUCGGGUUGUAUCUACGGUUGCUACAUCAGUAACUGGUGCAUUCAGUAAGGUUGCAAAGGCAGCUGGGGAUAUUGGCCAGAAAACAAGAGAGAAAGUGGGGGUGGCUGAAGAGGAACAGAAGAGAAAAGUGGUCGAUGACUUUGCUCAGGUUCAUCUAUCAGAUUCUCCAAAAGCUUCUGCACCUAGUGAGCCACAGCCUUCCAGGCCAGCACCUGUGCAAGGAUGAGUUUGCUAACAUUCCGCCAAGCCCCUUCCGCGGAAUCUCUCUACUGGAAGGCAAGAUAAGCUGCAAGUGCUUCCUAGUGCGCACUCAAUUUGAGAGAGGGUGUCAACCUACAGAUCUUAUGGUUUGUUUGGAACGUAAGAAUGCAAUGAAAUGGAAUGAAAUUGAUUUUUAUAAUUUUAUAUUUUUGCUGUAUUUCAUUCCGUUUCACGUGUAAUUCAUUCCAUUUUAGCAUGCCAAACAUUGAGUUAUGGGAUAUGCAUAGGUAUUGUGUUUGCAAUUAGAUAUGCAUGAACUGUGGUAUGACCCUAUCCUUUUGUAUUUAUAUAUACAUGUUGCCCACAA